AUGGUGUCGGACGUGCUCCCGCUGAGCGACCGCAGGAGCCCUUUCUACGUGAACACUCCAUCGUUCGACGCUAAACCUGUGGAUCACUUGGUGUCGUACUUCAAGUUAUGGAAACACUUCAUUGCCGCGUUGAUUGCCUACUUGAAGGAUUUGUUGAUGGCCAAGGAGUUUGAGCUGAACUUGAACUUGCAGCUCGUGGGCUCGGUCCAGUUUCCGGGCUUCAGAGAUUUGGCGUUCAAAACGCUUUCAGCCGUCCAGCAGGCCCAGACACUGCCUCUGUCGCCCCUGGGGCUGCUGUCGCUGAAGGAGUUGGGCAAGGCGCUGAAUGCCAGCUCCACAAACUUGGCGGCCGCCAGACCAGGGUUGCCGAAACAGAAGUCGCAGUCUUCCAUCUUCAAGAACCAGAGCUUUGCCCAUAGGAAGCUGCCUUCGGCGUCGAGCUUGAACUCGGAACUGCUAUCUGGCAACGGGAAGCCCCUGAAGAAUGGGAAAACUGAUCACGCCUCAAGCCCUUUGCACCACACAUCGACGCUGGGCUCGCUCUCCUCCUCCAUUUCUGCUGCUAAGUAUGCUCCCAAAUCAGAUGUGACAAUCGAUCCUUCUUAUUUUCCAGACAACUCCUUGUUUACCAACAUGGCCAAUCUUUUGGUGAACCAUCACUACCAGACAUACACUGCUCAGCUGAGGUUGGUGAAGGACCUUCAACUGAAACUCAUUCCCAAACUCGAAAGUUUGCACAGAAACUUGGGACUCAAAAUUAAGGAGAUCAAAUCUUCCUUGAAGAACGACUCUUUUGCAAACCCUUCCUUGGCUAGAGAGGUGUCGAAGACAGGCGCUGUGAUCAACAAUUUUGUCAGCAGCGUUCGCCGCUACUCUGACCCUCGUCCUGUUCUUUCAAAGGAGCUAGAUGACGAUGAAGAUGAGGACUCUAUGAGUGAUCCUUUCCUUGUGAAGUUGCGCUUGGACUACCAGCUAAAAAAUCAAUUGAUCCACGAGAAUUACGUCUACGCCUCGUACGUCAACUUGCAGAAUAUCUCCAGAGACCUUCUCAACUACGUCAUCAAGGACUUAAAUUUCGUUAGCGAAAGGCUAGGUAAGCUAGGCAACGGAGAGGUUUACGCUUCCACUGCUGAAAACGCAGUAUACAAUUUAGCCGCUAACUUGAGGAGCCACAUCAAUAACGCCAGCAAUGACUGGGAGUACUUCAUCUCCCAUAACACGAAUUUCUUGAACGUAUACUACGACACAGACGUUUCGCCCAAACGUGAGGUAAGAUCCGCACAAGACAUUGUGAUUCCAUACGCUGACUCGUUGCACUCCAAGUGUUUGCGCUGUGGAAUCAUAUACAAGAAAAACAAACUCAUCAAGUCGUACACGUCAUAUUUUUACUUGUUAACAUGUAACUACUUGCAUGAGUUCAGAUUAGACACCAUGAGUGAUAGGAUCUCUGAUGCUACUUCCAAAAGUGACAAGAAAACAGGUGAGAAGAGCAGCCACAAGAGGAAGAAGGGCAAGAUUGGGGGAGUCGUUGGCCACGACGACACCCCAGUGAAGUCGUACAAUUUGAAUAAUUAUUCGUUCCUGAUCAAGAGCGAAAAGGACUUCAAGUUUACCUUGACCAAAAACUCGAGCACCUCACACAAGUUCAACUUCAAAUGCGCCAAUCAAGAGGAUUUCCACAACUGGUCGGCUGAUUUACAUGACUUGCUUAAGUUCUCCUCGCAGCAUUUGAAGCGGUUUGAUUAUAUCGAAACUAAGAUGAACAUGAGAGAGAAGCAAUCCACCGUCAAGAGUGAAGGAGGAGUGCCACCUCGUGACAUGUCCUUGAACCUCAACCAGUACUUAGGCAAGGACAAAAUUUCCGUGGAGAAGAUUCAAGGGGAGAGUCUCAGUGGUAUGUUCACUCCUCGUGUACAGCUGCCAUCAGAAACUGUGAAGACCGAGAAGAACCCAUUCGAGAACACCUUCACCGAAAUAUCCUCACCACCAGUGGCAUCACAGUCCGUAUCCCCUGAAGUUACAUCAGCUUCUCAAUCGCCACCCGAGACUUCUGCUACUCCAGCCUCUCGGCCAACAUCCCCAUCGUUAGUCAACAUGCCACUGGGAGCAAUAUCCCCAGCAUCGGCGAGAUCACCCACUGGAUCUGGAACGCAAACACCAGUGGAAUCCCACGAGAAGGAGCACGAGCACUAUUUGAAGCUACAGAAUGAAAUCUUGAAGCAGCAGCAGCAGUUGAUGGAAUUGAAGAUCUUGCAUAGUCCCAAAAGCGGUUCCGGUAACAAGCUCUCGUUGUCGAGGCAAUCGUCGGCGGAGUCUAUUGUGUCGAUGAUGGAGCAGAACACCAACGACUUGUCUGAGCUCUUGCAUCAUGGUAAGGGACUCAUUGAGCAGCCCCCAACGGCGGAAAAGCUCUACAAGAACCAAGAGGCGAACUCGCUGGUGCCCCAGGUAUUUGUGCUGAACCACGAGAAUGAACUGUGA